AUGCUCACUGCGCGAAUCCCAACCGUUCCUUUGGAUUUUGAGCAUCCGGCAUGGGGAGGGGUGCCGGCGGAGGCGAUGGAUCUGGUCCGUCGGAUGCUGGUGGUGGAUCCGGAUCAACGGCUGAGCUCGUUCGAGGUGCUGGAGCAUCCGUGGCUGAACCAGACGGCCGUUCGAUCGUUGGACCCGGCCGUGCGCUGCCCCCACCUGCUCUCGCCCUCCCUGCCUGGCGAACCCACUGUCGCACUCGACCCUCCCGUCUCUCUAGUCCCUCUCGUCGUUCCCGCUCUUCCCGUCGCCCUCGUCGCGUCUGUCCUGGCCGCCGCUCCCGUCACUCCCGUCCCAGUCGUGCCUUCUGUCCCUCCUCCGUCCCUCCCGUCCUUCCCGUCGCGGACGUACGUCCCGUCCCUCCCGUCGCCCAACACCCUCCGUCCCUUCCGUCCCGCGCCUCGCUCCUGUCCUUCUCCUCCCUCCCGUCCAUCCCUUACCUCUCUGCCGCUCGUCAUCCGUCCCUCACUCGAUCCGUCGCGCACUCCCUCCGUCGCUCGAACAAACCCACCGCCCAAACAGGGCAAUCGCCUUGCGUCAGCUGAUGACCUAGGUCCAGUCGCUCACACACUCCCGUUCCGCACACUCACUCUCGCCGCUCACGCACUCCCGUCCCUGAAUGCGUCCUGUCGCUCACACACUCUCUUCCCGCGCUCACUCAUUCCGUCGCUCGCUCACCUUGUAGCGCGCAGCACUCCCGCCUGUCUUCACACCACGGUUUCAGUUCCCCUGCCUGGACCGCAUCCUUUCAUUUCCGCAUGCAGUCACAUCAAUGGCUCUGCCAUCUGUUCGUCGUCGCGCUUCUCCGCGUCUUCCGCCUCCUAUCCUCCUUUCCAUGUCAGCACCUCUCCUCCUUUCCCUCUCAGCCCCUCUCCUCCUUUCCCUCUCAGUCCCUCUCCUGCUUUCCCUCUCAGCCCCUCUCCUCCUUACCCUCUCAGCCCCUCUCCUCCUUUCCCUCUCAGCCCCUCUCCUCCUUUCCCUCUCCGUCCCUCUCCUCCUUUCCCUCUCAGCCCCUCUCCUCCUUUCCCUCUCAGUCCCUCUCCUGCUUUCCCUCUCAGCCCCUCUCCUCCUUACCCUCUCAGCCCCUCUCCUCCUUUCCCUCUCCGUCCCUCUCCUCCUUACCCUCUCAGCCCCUCUCCUCCUUUCCCUCUCAGCCCCUCUCCUCCUUUCCCUCUCCGUCCCUCUCCUCCUUUCCCUCUCAGCCCCUCUCCUCCUUUCCCUCUCAGCCCCUCUCCUCCUUUCCCUCUCCGUCCCUCUCCUGCUUUCCCUCUCAGCCCCUCUCCUCCUUUCCCUCUCAGCUCCUAUCCUCCUUUCCCUCUCAGCCCCUCUCCUCCUUUCCCUCUCAGUCCCUCUCCUCCUUUUCCUCUCAGCCCCUCUCCUCCUUUCCCUCUCAGCCCCACUCCUCCUUUCCCUCUCAGCCCCUCUCCUCCUUUCCCUCUCAGCCCCACUCCUCCUUUCCCUCUCAGCCCCUCUCCUACUUUCCCUCUCAGCCCCUCUCCUCCUUUCCCUCUCAGUCCCUCUCUUCCUUUCCCUCUCAGCCCCUCUCCUCCUUACCCUCUCAGCCCCUCUCCUCCUUUCCGUCUCAGCCCCUCUCCUCCUUUCCCUCUCAGCCCCUCAUCUCCUUCCCCUCUCAAAACGAUUAUGCUGUUUUACCCUCCGUCCCUAUGCGGUGUCCCCCCUUCCCUCAAUCUGCUUUCCCCCUUCACCCCGCCCUCCCUUUCCCUCUUUUCCUACGCGCAGCUUCCCCCCUUCCAUGCGCGCUCGCAUUCCCCUUCCUGA